GACACGGACCUACUGUGCGUCACUGCCAGUGCGCGUCCCCGCCUUCAGCUACGUACAUACUACCUCAUCUGUCGCCCUUCCUUGCUUAAUAACGAAAGGGUACUUCCUAGCUCCUGGUCAAACAGCCACUCUGUUUUACAAGUGUCUCCUGUGCGUUGAAGACUCGAGGAUUGUAUAGCUAUGCGCCGUGCAAUAUAACCAGCCAUUGUUCAGUGCAGCUUUGCACGCGCUUGUUUACAGCCUCUCGUGAGCAGCGCGUGGGAUACUGAUUCAGUCCUUUCGCUUUCACCAUGGCAAGUGACGCGCUCCAAAGAUUCGUCUGCCUUUGUCGUUACCUACAGGAUCCUUGCCAUGUCGCCAGAUUCCAGCAGUUUUGCGGCGUCCGCGGGACGUUCCCUAAAAAACAAGCCGAGUCUGGCGAGACGCUUGGGGUCAACGGUGCUUGCGUGGGGCAAUGCGCGGCUGGUGGAGACUCAGCACACGGACUUCCGGGCCAAAGGCUGAGAAAAAGUUUAAAUGCCGUUGAAAAUGUUGAAGAGGACGAAUGUUCCGCUAACAGACCCUCGGGGCUAGACGCGGAGAGGGACUCCAAAGGCACGGUGAAGCCGUUACGCAGGAACUCAUUGACCGGUGAUGUUGGUCAGGAGUUCAUCAUCGAGAACCGGUUUCUCUUCUAUCUCUUCACCGUCGGUACCGAGCUGGGCAACGAGAUGUUCUUCAUCUUGUUCUUCCCCUUCUUGAUGUGGAACGUCGACCCCUAUGUGAGCCGGCAGCUGAUCGUGGUGUGGGCCUGGGUGCUGUUCCUCGGCCAGUCCACCAAAGAUCUGGUCCGCUGGACCCGUCCCGCCUCUCCCCCUGUGGUCAAAGUGGAGGUGUUCUACAACACCGAGUACAGCAUGCCCUCCACACACGCCAUGACCGGCACCGCGAUGCCCUUCUCUCUGUUCCUGCUCACGUGCAGCCGGUGGCAGUACCCGUUCAUGUUUGGACUGAGCAUCGCUCUGUUCUGGAGUGUCCUUGUGUGCAUCAGCAGGAUUUAUAUGGGCAUGCACUCUGUCCUGGAGGUGAUCACAGGCUUCCUCUACAGUGUGCUCAUCCUGGCGGUCCUUCAACCCAUGCUGCAUGACAUCGACACGUUCUACCUGUCCCACAGCUACGCCCCUCUGGUUGUCCUGCUUGUGCAUGUUGGCUUCAGCUUGGUGGCCUUCUCGCUGGACUCAUGGAGCACCUCCCGUGGUGACACGGCCCAAGCGUUGGCCACAGCUGUUGGAGCUGCGUUGGCAUCCCGUCUGAACCACCAAGUGGGUCUGCAGCCAGAUCCCCCUGAAGAAGCUCUCCCGCUCACCCUGCCCCUGAUCGACGGGGUCUUGCUGAGCCGCUCCAUCAUGCGGCUCCUGGUAGGAGUGGCCGUGCUUCUAGCCGUCAGGGCUGCUAUGAAGGCAGUGGCGAUCCCGUUGGCCUGCAGGAUCUUUGGCGUGCCUUCGGGUGACGUGCGGAAGGCUAGACAACACGCACACGUUGAACUGGCGUACCGGUACAUGGUCUACGGCACAGUGGCUUACUGCUGCGUUUUCCUGGUGCCACUUCUCUUUGGCUUCCUUGGCUUAUCCUGAAGAAAAUCCCUCUGUUCAACCUUGCUAUUAUCCGGUUUUUAUCCUAGCUUAACCUAUACAUUACCUGGACUAGUAAAGGUCUACAGUUAUAGUCAAAGCCAACAAAUAUUUGGUUGCAAACACAUAUGAUGUUCAUGAUUUUGAUAAUUUCACCAGCUCCAUUUCCAUGCUAAUUUAUUUCACUUUUUUGUUUUUGUUUUGUUUACAGUUUUUAUGGAACUGAUAAAUUUGAACAGGGUUUUUGUUGCCAUCGGUGGGCUGUUUUUCUUAAAAGUGAGUGUGUGUGACGUCAUGAUCUCCAGAGGACCUGUUCUCUUGAACAGCAAGGUUUAUAGCCAUUCUCAAAAAGGUUUCAAAUGUUUCCUGCAUUUGUCUUCAGUGAAUUUCCUUCAGCAGACUGACACCCACCCAUCCUGGACCCUUGUGCUUUCUCUCACU